AUGGCAACAAACGACCACUACCGCGUGAACAAGGACACAUCGGCGAGGAAGAACUCACCAGGCCUCGGAAUGGUGCACUCCGACAUUCGACUCGCAGCAAAGGCCGCGGGUGAAGAGGCCCAGCGGCAGGCUUACCUUGCCGCGUUUGAGGCCGGAUGCGAAGCACAGAUCGUCCAAGCAAAAGCGGAGUGCAGCGAACAGAUUGAGGCUCUGAAGGUCUCGCAUAGCAUGGCAAACGCUGAGUACAAAGCAAGCUUCGAGGCAGAGAGGGCUGGCUUUGAGACGGAGAAGAAGAGCUUCGAAGCGGAGAAGAAGAAGUUCGAGGCAGCGACUGACAAGAUUGAGAAGGACAAGGUAGCCUCGAAUAAAGAAGCUGUAGCCAAAGUCAAAGGGGACCUGCAGAAGGCGAUCAAGCUGCUCACGGAUGAGCGAGCCAAGCAUGCAGCGGAGAAGGCUGAGCUCGAUGCAGAACAGACGAGGGCCAACUCCAAAUUUACAGAUAUGGAAGCCCACGUUCAAGCAGCAUGGGCCGAGCACGCCAAACGCAUGACGGAACUGGAGAACAAGCACGAAGGAGACAUCAAAUCACUGAACAGGAAGCACAACUCGCAAGUCGCCGAACUGAAGAAGCAACUCCUCAUCGGUCCAAACUCCUGGGUCCCCGUCCGCAUCAAAGGAAGGAGCUUGAAAGAACGCAGCUUCCACGCUCGCUACUCGACGACGUUCAAGCAGGUGGUCUACGACUUCUACCAGCUGCUGCCGAAGAGCUAUUAUGGGGACUUCAGCUUGAACGGUGAGGUAAUCAAGAACCACAACAGGACGUUGGAGCAGAUCGGACUCAUCGAAGGCCAUGUGAUCGAGUUCGACCAGGGCAUGGCCAAGGAGGAGACGAAAGGCUACAUACCGUCAAGCAAGCAUACAUUGGGGGGAUUCCCAGGUCCGCAGACUGAUCAAAAGCAGCCGGCUAGGACAUCUGCGUUUGUGUAG